AUGAUUCCGCCGUGCGACAGCGACAAGCGAUCCUUGCGCAACUCUCCAAACACAGACGAUGCUCAAUCCCUAGCAGCCCUAACUCACACCUAUAUACAAACACCUCCAACUUCCAUGGCGGCUGUUGACCCUCUCUCAAACAAGCGCGGCCAACCCACGGAGCCGCGCGACCCAAGUUCCACAACAGAUGGGCUCGGCCUCGAUCUCGAUCUCGACACAACCACGAGGAUGCCCUGGCCUGAAAGGCUACGCGAACUAUCGCAGCUAGCAUCCACAUCACCGGGCACUGUCUACAUCGAGGCCGACACCGAAGAGACCAUCCACGCGCAUCUCGAUGCGGUCGAAGCUGUUCUGCGCGAUCCGCGGCCGGAGCUUACAAGAGAAAUUACGAGGCAUCGGCAACAAAAUUCGGGACCAAAAGCUGAUGUCGAGGUUGCGGAGAAAGCCACCAUGACCGAGGACACGGACGAACCAACUCUGAACCAAGAUGCUGUCUUGGCGCAGUUGACAGCGCUUUUGCGAGAGGUCACACUCUUGAACGGGGAAAUUGAGCGACGGCGCGGAGAAGCGCGGGAAAUUCGCGAUCUGUUCGAGGAGAAAUGUCGUGGAUUCAUGCGGACAGUUGCCGAAUUGGAGGAUGAAGUGUUGGAAUUACAAACCGAUCUCUUGGAAGACGCGGUCGAUUUGGAAGGCAUACAGGGCACUAUCCAGGGGCUACACGAUUGGAUAAACCGGAUACGGGAAGAGCAGAAAUUAGUUCGGAUUUCGCGGACGCUUGCUUACCAGAAGUCGCGGCGGUCAUGGAUAGGUCGGAAGGGGAAGGAGGAUUGGAGUGUUGAGACGGAUGGCGAGAUGAUGUUGGAAGGGUUGAGUGCUUGGAUGCGUGGGUGGAGAGAUGUCGAGGAGGGCUUUCAGGUCCGAGCGCGGGCACGACAGAUGCGAAGGGAUCGGAGACAAGGACAGCUGUUACGAUUGGGAGAGAAGGUUAAUCUUGUGCAGCAGAAGGGGAUGUCUCCGGUAGAGCCUAUGACCCGUUCAGUAGCUACAUAA